GAAAACAAGGCUUGUACUUCCUGUCGGGCUCGCGCUUAAACUUGAAGAGAACAAACAAGACGAAGGCGGCGCGCGUCAAAUAAGGUCAAAGAAACAAGCUCGAGCUUUGCUCGGCUCGGCUCGGUUGGUCUUGGCUUCUUUUGGCCGUCGGCUUGUCACACGGGACACAUUUUGCGCUAUUUUGCUCGUUUAUUUCCGCCGAGUGGCUGGAGACAGCGGCGCCUUCUAAUAGCCGAUCUCAGGCUCCGAUGUCCCAAGAGGUUCCGAACGAGCGGGAGGGGUCCCCGUCCCGGGCCCGGUCCACGCUGUCGCCCUCCCGGGUCCAGUCCAAGUCCCAGAGCGGCUCCAGCUCUUCCGGCGGGCCCCCGUCCGGCAGUCAGUCGUCCAGCGGCUCCGGGACGCUGAGCAGCGUGGACACGCUUCCCGUCACGUUGCCGUCCGUCUCCGAGGAGCCGGAAUGUCAACCUUGGGGCCGCCUGCUGCCCAUGCAGAACGGCUUCCGCGCUCACGACUGCGUGGAGGACGAGUACCUGUUUGGCCGAGACUCGGCUUGUAAUUACGUCCUGGACGAUCCCGAUCACAGAGGGUCCUUGCGAUUCCGAAUUUACAGCAAGAAGCACUUCAGGAUCUACAGGGAGGGCAACGAGACGUUCAUUCAGGACCUAAGCAACAACGGGACCUUCGUAGACGGGACCAAAAUCGGACGCAACAAGAAACUUCCUCUGGUCAACAACGCCGUGCUGGCGCUGUCGGAGCAACGCAACAAAGUGUUCGUCUUCAUCGACCUGUCCGACGAAGAGUCCACGUUGCCCGCCGAGCUUCGUGACAAAUAUCUGCUGACUCGGCGGAUCGGGACAGGCGUGUGCGGGGAGGUGAAGCUGGCGUUCGAGCGCUCCACGUGUAAAAAGUUUGCCGUGAAAAUCAUCAAGAAGAACAACUUCAAAUCGGAAGGGACGGCCACCAGAAACGCCGAAACGGAGAUCGAAAUUCUUCAACGGAUCGACCACCCGUGCCUCAUCAAGACGCAGGACUUCUACCAGACGGACGACACCUUCUACAUCGUCUUGGAGUUGAUGGAGGGCGGCGAGCUCUUCCAGCGCCUCAAAUCUCAACAGCGACUCAGCGAGGACACGGCCAAACUUUACUUUUAUCAAAUGUUGGAAGCGGUGCAGUACCUGCACGCCAAGGGCAUCAUCCACCGCGACCUGAAACCGGAGAACAUCCUUCUGUCCUCGCAGGACGACGACUGUCUGAUCAAGGUCGGUGAGCGUCGUCACGGCAACGCGCCAACGCGCACUCGGGUGACACCCCCCGGCCGUCAGGUGACGGACUUCAACCAGUCGCGGAUCCUGGAGGAGGCGGCCCUGAUGCGGACGUUGUGCGGGACGCCGGCCUACCUGGCGCCCGAAGUCCUGACGCACGCCACCGCCGGCGGCUACGGCCUGCCCGUGGACGCCUGGAGCCUCGGCGUGCUCCUCUUCGUCUGCCUGUGCGGGUACCCGCCGUUCCACGAGAACUUCUCAACGCUGUCGGUCAGCGAGCAGAUCGUCCAAGGCCAGUUCACCAUGGUGCCGUCCAAGUGGCGCCACGUGUCCGACCGGGCCAAAGACAUGGUGAGGAAGCUCCUGGUGGUGGAGCCCGCCAAAAGGAUGAGCAUCGACGCCGCCCUCCGGCACCCCUGGAUGCAGGACCCUGUGAUGUUGGCCAAAGCUCACAAACUGAUGUACCCGCCUGCAGAAGCUGAGCAUGUUGCCACGGAGGCGGAGCCCGCGUCGUCAAGGAAACGACGGCGAGAAGACCGCGACGACGAGCGGCGGCCUGCCAAACAAGCUCCGCCCACCAGCUGAAGUAGACGGAAAUGACUCAAGUAUUCCAAUAAAGUCGUGUAUUUUAUUAUUA